UUGUGAUUCAAGAUACUAACUUACUAUAGUAUACUCCUAUUCAAAAUUAAACCAUUUAAAAAAUUCCUUAUUUGUGCAUUUCUGUGCUGUCAAGUUUGAAUCUUGAACUGGGUAUUUUUUAUUCAAGAAAAAAAUUGAAUCUUGAACUGGGUAUAAGGUAAGUUUUCAGAAAAAUGGAUGAAAUUGAUGAUAGAAAAGGGUUCAGCGAGGUUUUAGAUGAGAAGAUGAAUGCAUGUUCAUCUAAAGGAGAUUACAGUUUCUCUGAGAGAAAGAAUCAGAUGCACUUUCUGAAGCAGUCAUCUAUGGCUAAAGUUUGUCCUGAUGGUUCUUUGAAUGAAGUGAAGGAGGGUAUGUUCAAGAGUGAUCCACUAGCUGCUAAGAUGUCACAGUUUCACUCCAUUCAGGGUGGUUCUGUUCUUGUUGAUCCAAGCAAAUCGAUUCCGAAGUUACAAAUUGCGAUGCUUGUUGUUGGUACAAGAGGAGAUGUUCAACCUUUUCUAGCUGUCGCCAAAAAACUUCAGGAAUUUGGUCAUCGGGUUCGUUUGGCAAGUCAUAUCAAUUUUAGCGACUUUGUGAAGUCAGCUGGUGUUGAAUUCUAUCCUUUGGGUGGUGAUCCACGGGUUCUAGCAGGAUAUAUGGCAAGGAAUAAAGGGUUGCCCUUAGCAUCCGGAGAGUUAUCUAUUCAAAGGAAGCAAUUUCAAGCCAUUAUGGAUUCAAUCCUACCUGCUUGUACAGAACCCGACAUAAAAACUGGUGCACAAUUUAGAGCUCAAGCAAUUAUUGCUAAUCCUCCUGCUUAUGGACAAACACAUGUUGCCGAAGCUCUUAAUGUACCUCUACACAUACUCUUCACUUUGCCUUGGACGCCAACUUUUGAAUUCCCGAAUCCAAUAGCUCAUCUACCUCAAAGUCCUGGUAACCGGUUGUCGUAUAUGCUAGUUGAUCUGAUAAUUUGGUGGAUCAUAAGGGGUCAUAUAAACGAUAUCAGGAAAAGAAAGUUGAAGCUUCCUCCAAUUUCGUACUUUAGCACAUACUAUGGAUCCAUAUAUCAUCUGCCAACAACGUACAUGUGGAGUCAUCAUGUUUUACCCAAACCAAAAGAUUGGGGACCUGAAGUUGAUGUUGUUGGUUAUUGUUUCUUAAAUCUUGGGUCCAAUUAUAAACCUCAAGAGGAGUUAAUUGAUUGGAUGAAGAAAGGAUCAAAGCCAGUAUAUGUAGGUUUCGGUAGCAUGCUUCUUGACGAUUCCAGGAAAACUACAAAUAUAAUUCUGGAAGCAUUGAAACAAACGGGACAGCGUGGAAUACUCGACCGUGGUUGGGGAGACCUCGGUGUUUCUUCCGAACUUCCAGACAAUGUCUUUCUUAUCGAGAAUUGUCCUCAUGAUUGGCUUUUUCCUCAAUGCGCCUCUGUGGUUCACCAUGGUGGUGGCGGAACUACAGCCGCUGGACUAAGAUUUGGGUGUCCGACUACAAUAGUACCCUUUUUCGGAGAUCAGUUCUUCUGGGGCGAUAAACUUCACGAGAAAGGAUUGGGACCAGAACCUAUACCAUUCGAUCAGCUCACCGUGGAAGCUCUUUCUAAGGCUAUCGAAUUUAUGCUUAACCCAGAGGUAAAAUCGCGCGUGAUGGAAAUAGCACAGUUGAUACAGAACGAAGAUGGUGUGGCAGCUGCCGUGGAUUCGUUUCAUCGACAUUUACCCAAGGAGUUACCAUUGCCGCCUGCAUCAUCAGCACAAACCGAUAGUCCAAAUGUUAUUCAGUGGCUUUUUGUUCAAAUCGGAACAAUAUGUAGCCAUGUUUGUUCUUAGUAAUCUGUAGGUGAAGUGGGUAUGUACAGUUUGAUUUACUUAUUCAUUUAAACAUUUAUCAUUAAUUUGGUUGCUUAUGAUUCAUUUAUUCAUUUCAUUGUGUCAAUAGGUUCAUACAUUUUUGUUUACAUACAUUCCAGCUUGUCUUGUAAAAUAUAUGUAUUGGCUAUUUGUAUCCUCCAAAAACAUAAUACUUCAAUGAAUGUUCUUGGUGUUGAUUUCAAUUUUA